AUGUCACGACAAACGUACCAGGCUGCAAAAUCCGCUGAUAUUGCUACGGUUCAACCACCUGUCUACUGUAGUCAUCACCCUGGUAACCAACUGGAAUUACAUUGUGAUACCUGUGAUAUUCCAAUUUGCGUCGCGUGUGCCGCUCUAAAUCAUAAAUUAACUGAACAUAAUUGCCGAUAUCUGAAGGACGCUGCCUCUCAGUAUGCCACGGAUUUGAUCAAGGUGACAGACAUUCUAGCAGAGAAAGAAAAAGAAGCGAAGGAGAGCAAAGAAAACGUACUGCAGAUGACAGAACUGCUGGAAAAUCGAUUUAGUGAACAAGAACAUAAACUAAAUGUUCACAUUGAGACGGUGGUGGCGGAAAUCACGGCAAAAUUCGUAAAAACGGUGAAGCUUGUGCAUGAAAUGAACAAUGUUUUCAGUGAGAGAAAACAGAAUUUGCAUGCGCAAUUGAAUGAACUGGAAAUUGCUGAAAGUGAUAUGAAACAUGCACGUGACUUUGCCACACAUCUAAUGAAUUAUGGGAAUGCUGCACAACUGAUGUCUGCUAAGAAGGGAAUGACGUCACAGAUAGAUGAACUGCUGGAGCUAGACACCAAACAGCGUCCAGCUGAAGACUACUACAUCGAGUUUCAAUGCUAUGAUGACUUUUGUGAGACCAAAACUCUGGGUGAGAUACUUCACAACAAAUACAUUUUGGAGAUGAAAGAUGUAUCCACAUAUAGGACUGGUGAUGAUGUAUCCAUAACCAUGGCAACAACUGAUGGCAAUGUGGUGGACUUUGUGGCACUAAAACAGAAAAUCCAAUCUAAAAUGAAGACUCCAUCCAACACGAUAGAAGAAGUAGAAGUGACUGACAGUAAAGACGGGACUUGUAGUCUGACAUAUCAGGCUAAGGUAGAAGGGGUGCAUGAAUUGACAGUUUUAGUGAAUAACAAAUCAGUGCAGGGUUCACCUGUUAAGAUUAAUGUAAUUCCUAAGAAGGGGUUGAUGGGUAAUUAUGGUAAGAACGGAUCAGGAGUGAGUCAGUUUAGUUACCCUCGUGAUGUCCUGAUAACCAGUGAAGGGAAUGUAUUAGUUUGUGACAGUAAAAAUAUUCGACUUCAAUUACUGACCUUGGAUGGAAAACAUAAACGAAUGAUUCAAUUCAUUGGUUUUAAUAAACCAUUCUAUCCAUACUUUGCUGCAAAGUCACAGGAUGGUAAUUAUUUCAUAGUAGAUGAUAAUAACAAACAAGUAGUUGUAUGUAAUAACAAUUUUGAACUAAUUAGAUGUUUUGGCAUUGGGGAACUGACAUAUCCUAGGGGUAUUAGCAUUAGCCCUGUGAAUGGAAGGGUAUAUGUUGUUGACUAUAAUUCCCAUUGUAUAAGAAUCUACAACCAAGAUGGGAGAUAUAUAAAGUCAUUCGGAUCACAGGGUGAUGGGGACUGUCAGUUUCAAUCUCCUUGGGGAAUUUCUACUGAUAGUAAAGGUAAUCUCAUUGUGGCAGAUAGCUGGAACCACCGCAUACAAGUACUGACUGGUGAAGGAGAAUUUCUAUUCAAGUUCGGAAGUCAUGGAAAUUCUGAUGGUCAACUACAUAAUCCUUCAGGUGUAGCUACUGAUACAGAUGGAUAUGUGUAUGUGAGUGAUUAUAAUAAUAAUAGGGUUCAGAAGUAUGACUGCCAUGGUCAAUUUGUAUGUCGUAUUGAUAGUCCUGCUGAUGGGUUGAGUUUACCCCUUGGUAUCUGUGUCACAAAUGAUAAACCAUUUGGUAAGGUUGUAGUGGCUGAUUAUGGGAAUAACUGUAUGAAAAUAUUUGCACAAUAG